AUGGCUGCCUACUCAACCUCGCUCCUGCACCCUGCCGCUCCUGGGACCGGUCCCGUGGCCUUCUCCCCCUCUCAGCUCUGUUCCGCGGCUCCGUUCGCGCUGCCGCUGUGCUGUCCCUUCCGGCCGCAGUACCCGUACCCACCUCCCCCGCUGCCGCCUUCGUGCGGGCUGGCUGUGGGCUGCGACGGCUGGCUCGCUCCGAUGGGUAGUGCCUACACUGUGGGAGUGGCCGCGCUACCGUUCUUACCUUGGCUGCACAUGCCUCCUCCGCCGCCUUUUCCGAUGGCGCUGUACUACAACCCGGCCCUCAAGCCGCCGCUGCCGGCGACGCGCUGCAGCAUCACGGAGAUCCUAGAAGACGGCGACGUCGAGCCCCCGAUGGCAGAGGUUGAAGACGACCCCUCCCCUCGCUCGGUCCUCGCGCUCUGGAGGAGGAGCGCGGCGCUUCCGCCUCCGUCUUCUGGCGUCGCAGGCAGCAAACCACCCUUCCACGGAAGAAGCAAGAAGACAUCCGUCAUGAUCUGCAACAUCCCCAAUAGUUUCAUGAAACGGAGGUUGAUGGCCAUCUUGGACCAGCAUUGCGCGGAGGAGAACAUGCUUCGAUGUCACCCCCGAGGCGGCGGCGCCGCCGUCGCGAAGUCGGAGUACGACUUCCUAUACCUUCCAAUCGAUUUUAGGACAAAAUGCAACAAAGGCUAUGCGUUCGUCAACAUGACGACGCCGACGGCCGCACGGCGGCUCUACGCGUUCCUCCACGGCCACCACUGGACGGGCUCCGCCAAGGUCUGCGAGGUCGUGCACGCCCACAUCCAGGGAGUGGACGCGCUGGCGGCGCACUUCUCCCGCUCGCUAUUCCCAUGUGGCAACAACAAGGAGUUCCUGCCGGUGCGCUUCGGGCCUCCCAGGGACGGCCUCCGGCAGACGGCGGAGCGCACCAUCGGCUGUGCGGUGGUCCGUCGUCGUCGUCUCCGCUGAC